AUGAAAGUACCAUCGUCGCUUGCUAUCGCUGCCGCGUUUGCCGCCGCGUCUACGCCGGACCCCAAGUUCUACGGCAUCAACUACGACACCCGUACCUCGGAGUGGGGUGGGUGCAAGGACACUACCGAGAUCGACACGGACUUCGUGGCUCUCAAUCAACUCACUGGUCGCAUCCGCAUCUACGGUAUAGACUUUAACUGCACCAAGCUCGUGCUAAAAACCGCCGCCAACCGCGGCUUCAAGGUCUGGCUCGGCAUGUCGAGCGAGGUCGGUGUGGACGCUUUGAAGGGGCUCGUGGAAGACGGAAUGAUCAACAACGACGACGUCCUCGGCGUCGAAGUGUCGAGCGAAGCCUUGAACCGGUACUACGUGCUAGGACCGGGCAAUACGGCCGGCACCAGCGACCGCCAUGGCAUCGAAACCGUCCUCGACCACCUCAGAACAGUGCGAAGCUACCUCCGCUCCCAAAACUUAACGUUCCCCGUCGUGAUCACCGACACCAUGGACAUGUACUCGAUGUUCCCCCAGUUGUACGAAGCCGUGGACAUGGUUGCUGUGAACCAUUUUUCGUUCUGGGAGAACAAGACGGCGCAAGAAGGCGCGCACUUUACGUUCACGCGCUUCCAGGAACAUCAGUUCCUCGCCAAGCGCGCUGGCAAGCUCAUCGAGCUGCACGCGACCGGCUGGAGCUCAGUGGGUGAGGAACCCAUCUCCUGGGACCAAGGCAUCUUCACCCGGGACUUACGCAACCUGGUGGCGCUCCAGAACCUCAAUUCGUACUACUUUACCGCGUUCGACUCAAGGUUUGGGACGAACAAGAUUGAACGCAGUUUUGGCAUUAAGGACGUGAACCGCGAUAUGAAGUUUAAUAUGCGCCUCCGAGUCAAGCCGCUCUAUCCGGUUCGCCUCUGGGCGGCUGGAGGCAACGUGAUCAAGGCGUACGGCUACUGGAACACCGACGACUCGGCCAACAAGAAUCCUGGCCGCGUGUAUGCUGCGAAGCCGUACAUCGGUCCACCGGGCAACUUGAACGACGAGAUAUGGCAGUGGGAUCUCGAGUAUAACAGAUUGUACUCCACGAGCUCGAAUAUGUGCUUGGAGUCUUUUGGGAACGAGGCGCGGACCCUGUACACCGCCCCCUGCUCUGAGGACGAACCGAACCAAAAGUGGAAAUAUGCGAACAAAACCAUUGUGAGCCAGAACCACGCCAGGUUUUGCAUUCACGUGGAUGUGGACCACCCACCGAACGAUGACGGGACCCUCGAGGUCGCGAUAUUCCCGUGUAACAGGCUCCCGCACCAGGAGAUUUCCUUGCAGGGGACGUCAUUCGAGGCCCUGGAGAUCAAAAUCAAGGCGCACGGCGGCAUCCUGACCGAGACCUUGGGCAACCUGACGUGGCAAACCACCCGCGUAAAAGGCCUGCAAAACCUUGGGAGGCAGACGUGGACCUACAACCCCGUCACCCAGCUCAUUGCGAGCAGCUCGCGAGAUUAUGAGAAUCGCCAUUGCUUGGAAGCGCCCUGGCGCAUAAACAGCGCCCGUCUGGUCUUCAAACUGUGCAGCUCCGACGUCAACCAGAAGUGGGUCGUGAAUGACAUCACGGGCCAGAUCCAUCAUGCGACGCACAUUGGGUUUUGCCUCGACGGCCACAAUAACGUCGACGGACUCGUGUACUUGGCGUGGUGUGAUAAAAACAACCCCAACCAGCAGUGGAGCAUCAAGCCCCUCAGGGCCUGAAUAUGGGGGGGAUAUGAGCACUUGGACUGUCUAUUGCACUUGUGUAAUGUUGUACUUCAAGUAAUGUAUUGUCGAUAUGAUGCAAA